AUGAUGAACAUGGGCGGUCCCGCAACGGUUCCCGAGACGGGCGACUUUCUCUCGCGCCUGUUCCACGAUGGCGACUUGAUCCCGCUCCCCUUCCAGUCGACCCUCGCCCCCCUCAUCGCUCGCCGGCGGACGCCCAAGAUCGAGGCCCAGUACGCGGCCAUCGGUGGCGGGUCGCCCAUCCUCAAGUGGACUCGCACGCAGGGCGAGGGCAUGGUCAAGCUCCUCGACGAGCUGUCGCCCGACACGGCGCCGCACAAGGCCUACGUCGCGUUCCGCUACGCCAACCCGCUCACCGAGACGUGCCUCGACGAGAUGAAGCGCGACGGCGUCGAGCGCGCCAUCGCUUUCACCCAGUACCCGCAGUACUCGUGCUCGACGACGGGCAGCAGCUUCAACGAGAUGUGGAAGCAGAGUGUCGAGUUUGGCAAGGGCAAGGCGGCAGAGUCGGGCAAGGAGUUCCAGUGGAGCGUCAUCGACCGGUGGGGCACGCACCCGGGCUUCAUCGACGCCGUCGCGCGCAACAUCGAGGACUCGCUCAACACGUACCCGGCCGAGGCGCGCGACAAGGUCGUCCUCCUGUUCUCGGCGCACUCGCUCCCCAUGUCGGUCGUCAACCGCGGCGACCCGUACCCGGCCGAGGUCGGCGCCUCGGUCUCGGCCAUCAUGGCUCGCCUCGGGAACCGCAACCCGUACCGCCUCGUGUGGCAGUCGCAGGUCGGCCCCUCGGCGUGGCUCGGCCCGCAAACGAGCGACGCCAUCAAGGGCUACGCCAAGAAGGGCCACAACGACCUGCUCCUCGUCCCGGUCGCCUUCACGUCCGACCACAUCGAGACCCUGUUCGAGCUCGACCAGGAGUACCUCGAGGAGGCCAAGGAGCUCGGCAUGACGGGCGUCAAACGCGCCGCUUCGCUCAACGACUCGCCCUACUUCAUCCGCGCCAUCGCCGACAUCGCCGCCGCCCACCUCAAGAGCGGGCAGACCGUCUCGCCGCAGCUCAUGCUGCGCUGCCCCAACUGCACCAACGACAAGUGCGGCAAGGCCAAGUCGUGGCUCAAGAGCUUCGAGGAGACUGCGGUGGCGCCUGCCCAGGCCUAG